AUGACAUCAAGACCAGUAUUUAGUGCAUUGAAUAACAGUCAAUAUGGAAAUCAAAACAAUGGUACUAAUAAUCAAUAUAAUAUAAAUAAUGGCAUUGGUAUGAUGUCCACAAAUGGAAAGCAACAACCAGCAAUUGGUUUGUCUUCAACCUUGAAACAACAACAACAACAACAACAGCAACAACAGUUACAACUACAACAGCAACAACAAUUACAACAACAGCAACAACAGCAACAACAAAUGAUGUCAAUGAGUGUAUUUUCAACACCAAUGCAAACACCAAAGGUAUUUCAGACGCCAGCCUCAAAGCUAUCGAUUGCACCCAUUCCAAUGGCAUCACUCAACUCUUCCAUUUCAUCGGCACCAUCGUCAGUCCGUUCAACUAUCACAGGAGUACCACAAUCGACAACCAAUCGUUUCAGUGCCGCUCCACUAAAUCAGCCAAAGAUGUCACUCGGAUAUACAGGCAUGUCUAACAACAACAAAAAAUCAAUUCCAUCCAUGUCAAUACGUCCAUCUUCUGCACGUGUAGAAUCACGACCCAUCUCUGACAAAGAAUUCCAGAAACAGUGUACCAAUCGAAUCGCCACAUUCCUCACAUCCAACAGCUAUCCAAACCAAAUCACACCAAAGACGCUCAAGUCGCCAUCCGGCAAGGAGUUCUACGCCAUGGCUGAAUUCAUGUUCCUCCAAAUCGAUCCCACCUUUAAAUUCACAGCUAAACAAGACGAUGAAUUGAUAGCUUUUUUCAAGAUCAUUCGUUAUCCAUUCCCCAUUUCCAAACGUAAUUUGACAUCAGUCGGAACACCACACACCUGGCAACAUUUGUUGGCUGCACUCUCAUGGCUGGUCGAGGUCAUUGAGUAUGACAACGCCACCCAAGUCGACCCUGAAAAUGACCAGAUGCAAGUAGACGAAGAUCCAUUCCUCCGCGAGUUCAACCGCCACGUUCUCCAUUUCUAUACCACCGGCUACAUGCAUGGAAACGAAGAGGAUCAGGUCGACCUUUUGCUCCAAGAGUAUCACGGUGGCAGAUCGCGUCAGCUCGAGGCAGAGAUUGAGGAGAUGAAUGAGAAAAUCACCAGUCAGAAUACACACAUGGAGGAGAUUAGAAACGAACCAAACAUCACCGGUGAGCUUCGUGAGAAGAUUCAGUCGACCAAUGAGGAUAUUGUCAAGUUCCAGGAACAUGUUGAUCGUGUAAACAGUGGAAGAUCGUCGUUGGAGCACAGCAUUGAGACUCACACCGCACAGUCGUCGGAGCUUCAAAACAAGUUGGAGCGAUUGCAACAACAGAAAUCGUCACUCGAAGAGAUCAUUGCCGAGCAACAAAAGAGUUCGGUCGAUGCUAAGAUUCUCAACCAGCGUCGUGUCCAACUCCAGGAGGACAUCAGCAAGUCACAGAAAGAGAGAAAUCGUUUGGAACGAUCCAAACAAGAGAAACUCACAGAGAUCAUCAACAUCAUCUCAACCAUCGAUGGUUACAUCACUCAGUACAACGAGUACGCUAGAAACCUCAAUCUCCUCAAGGCAGACGGUGACGACCAAACAAACACACGUAACUACCAAAUCAAUUUCGAACACAACAACGGUGAUGUUACAAUAACAGACUUGAAGAAAGUAAAGAAAAACUUGAAAUUAUAUAUUGAAGAACAAUACGAAAAGAUAAAUACAACCGAAGAAGAAACAAAUAACAAGAGAAAUGAAAUGAAACAUUUAGAGGAUGAUUUUGCUGACAAGCAACAACAAAAGAAGAGAUCGGAACAAAAGUUUUCAACAAUGGAAAGUACUUGUAAAAGAGAAAAAGAAAAACUAGAUAAAGAGUUAUCAGUGUUGAUGGAUAAAGUUGAAAAGAGACAAUCGUCAAACAAAGAAAUGAAAGAGUUCCUUAGAAAUGAUCUUGAUCAGAAAUCAGUUAGUUUAGAUCAAUCAAAAGAGCAUGUGCAGUUACAAAAGGAAUACAUGAGUAAAUUGGUAGUGGAUUUGAAGAGUAAAGCUUUGACAUUCUUGAAUCUUACCACUCAACACCACGAUAAUUUGGCUGUUAAAAUCAGAUCUGUUUUGGAUCACAUGAACCAACAUUGUAAAUCAACUUAA